UUUCCUCUCUGACAAACUUUCCAGCGGAUCUAUUUUCGCACUGUUCCUUCAAAUUUAAACAACUCCCAAUUUGCUUAUAUUAAUGCUGCCAUCAUAAUUAAUUCUUGCUGAUCCUUCCUAUUCGCCAAGUGAUUUUCUUCAGUGGUCACAACCCGGAUUUCUUUUUUGCAUCGCUGUGAAUAUUUGUGAAUCCAUAAAUUUUUGUGGAUUUCUGUCUUUCCAUCUGUUGAGUGCCUCUUCAUCCUGUGACGUUUCCAACCGAUACUCAAAAUUUACCCAGAAUUUUGAGUUCGUUUCAAACACUGUAUUCUGCGAUUGCUGUAAACUUUAGCUGACAACUUAGAAAUCACCCCUGGCUCGAUUUUUGCAGCACAAAUGCGUGGAACAGAUGAACUUCUUUCUCAGGGUGGUGGUGCUGUGAGUAAUGGCUCUGUAAUGAGCCCAGAAUCCAAUGAUACUGAGAACAAUAAUGAUGCCAAAAAAGUAAAAUUAGAAAAAACACAGAGUGGAAAACCAUCUCGUGUGGUUCAUAUUAGGAAUGUAUCUAGUGAUGCAACUGAAACUGACAUUAUUCACUUAGGUAUCGCUUUUGGGCGUGUUACAAAUGUGCUUCUGCUUAAAGGCAAAAAUCAGGCAUUUCUAGAAAUGAGUGAUGAAGCUUCAGCAACAUCAAUGGUAAAUUAUUAUGCCAACUCAGGAGCUCCUUAUGUGAGGGGCCGCAAUGUCUACGUGCAGUUUUCAAAUCACAAAGAACUUAAAACAGACAGUUCUCAUGCAACAGGUAAUGCCAGUACACAGGCAGCAUUGCAAGCUGCUCAGGCUUUGGUAAAUCACACAUCUGAUACACAAGGUGGACCAAAUACUGUUCUCAGGGUCAUUGUAGAUAACCAGAUCUAUCCGGUUACUCUGGAAAUAUUGUAUCAGAUUUUUUCUCGUGUUGGAAGAGUCUUAAAAAUUGUAACAUUCUCCAAAAAUGGUACAUUCCAGGCCCUGAUUCAAUAUCCAGAUGUGAUUACAGCGCAAGCUGCCAAACUGUCUCUUGAUGGACAAAAUAUCUAUAAUUCGUGUUGUACAUUGCGUGUGGAGUAUUCUAAACUUUCAAAUCUUAAUGUAAAAUACAACAAUGACAAAAGUCGUGAUUUUACCAAUCCUACUCUUCCAACUGGAGAUCCAACUCUAGAUAACUUGGGGCUGCCAGGUUCAAUGGGUGUUUUGACGUCCCCUUUUGCUGCUCCUGGAUUAGGAUCACCCCUAACCGCUGCGUAUGCUGCUGGCGCUGGAGCACUACCUCUUGGAAGCUUUGCAUUAUCUCCUGCAGCAACUACAGCCGCUGCUUUAGGAGUUGCAGGUUUACGCCUUCCCGGGCAAACUCUCAGCACUGUCUUACUUGUCAGUAAUCUCAAUGAAGAGAAGGUCACACCUGAUGCUCUCUUUACCCUUUUUGGUGUCUACGGUGAUGUGCAACGGGUAAAAAUUCUCUUUAACAAGAAAGAUAAUGCUCUUAUACAAAUGGCAGAACCUCAACAGGCUCAGCUUGCUUUGACUCAUUUGGAUAAAAUCAAAGUUUUUGGAAAACCAAUGCGUGUUGCACCAUCUCGUCACCAAGUUGUUCAGAUGCCGAAAGAAGGUCAACCAGAUGCUGGACUGACAAAAGAUUACAGCAAUUCUUCAUUGCAUCGAUUUAAAAAACCAGGCUCCAAAAAUUAUCAAAAUAUAUAUGCUCCAUCUGCCACCUUGCAUUUAUCUAACAUUCCACCUAGUGUGACAGAAGAGCAAAUCAAACAAGCUUUCGCAGAAACUGGCGGUACUGUUGUUGGAUUUAAAUUCUUCCCGAAGGAUCGCAAGAUGGCAUUGAUCCAGAUGGAUUCUGUUGAAGAAGCUGUAAUAGCUUUAAUAAAAAUGCACAAUUACCAGCUGAGUGAUUCAAGUCAUCUCCGUGUCUCGUUCUCCAAGUCUACUAUUUGAAGUUUGUUCAACGUAACCACAUAGUCUGUGAUACGUGGAAGCAAACCAACAGUGUAUUCGUGAACAUGAACUGUAUAGCAACUCAUCCUGCAUUUUUUAAGCCUUGCUUGUAUAUGGCUUCUGCAAUACACGAUUUUACUAGUAAUCUUGCUUUAUUUUUAUACAACUGUUAAAUCUUGCUUUUGGAAUCUAAUAUGAAAGUAAAUCAUGUAAAAUAACAAAAUUAUAUUUAAUUUUUUAGUAUGUAGUCUGUUGUAAAAAGUUUCCUUAAUUUGUUGCAUUGUAGAAGCCAAAAUAAGCAACGCAGGAAGAAAAAGAUGAUAAUUUUUUAAAUGAAGACUGUUCUUAAUAAGCACCAUAUUUGAUAUAUAUACCAGGAGUAUAUAUGUUAUUUCAUUCAUGUAAUUUCCAUUAUUGUUUGUUUUUCUUAACAUUUCUGCUACUGUGGGUGGAUUCUUUGCUUCGUAUCACAGACCUUACAAAUGGUUUUUCACUGUUGUAAGGAAAUUAAUUACCCAUAAGACAAGGUUUCACCAGCAUUAUCUUUUAUAUAAAAUAUUCUGUAUUUUUGCAAGCCUUUCUGGUUUUCUGAUGGAAAAAAGCACAUUUUUGGGGGGUUGGAUCAACUUAAAGAAUUCCAUAAUUGUAAUCUAUUUUUUCAUGUAUUGGUCUCUAUCUGGAAUAUGUUUAUUUGUAUUAUCUAUUUCAGUCCAAAACAUAUAUAUUUUAUCUCUUAGAUAUGUUUUCUUUUUAUAUGUGCUUUUGUAUACCUACUGCUACUAGAUAUUUCAUUGUUGCUCAUCGUGGCACGCUGGCUCAUGCCUCAAAACUGUUAAAUCUUUUUGGUGUGUUUCCACUCUUGUACAACUGCUUGUAGGUAGUAUACCUGUUCUAUAUAUUGAUUCUCUAUAUGAAUAUACCAAAUAUUAUUUUUAUUAGUAGCAAACAUUUGCAUAUAAAACUCUUUAAUUAUAUUUAAAUUUUCAUGGAUCAAAUUGGCUGUUAUUUUUUUACUACUUUUUAAUCUCCGUUUUUCUUACAUUUUCCCCCUCUUAAAAUUUGCAUACAUUUAUUUACAAUGCCAAUUAGCAGUUUUUGCUUCACAUGUUCAGUGUGUAUUUUUUCCUCUUUGUUUUGUGAAACAAGUUGGAAAUUCUCUGAUUACAGGUAAAAAUUGUAAAUAUAUAUAAAUUACAUUACCAACAUCAUCAUGAUAUCACAUAUAUCCUUUUAAAUAUCAAUUUGAAAAAGAUCGCGGCUCCUUUAAAUUGUGGUAACAUAAUCAUGUGAUUGUUACUAAAAACAUACAAAAAGUUUAUGUAUUGUAGAGUAUAUUUUUUAAAGUAUUUGAUAACUGUUAUUAAAAUGCUUAUUUUUCAUCUGCAUAAUAGUAAAGUAACAUUCCAUUUGCAGGUGCAUUUGUAUUUUUUCAUUUCUGAAGUAUAUAUCAUAUUUUUCUGUAUUUACACUUAUAGUUGUAGGCAAGAAAUGAUUGGAUAUGUGUACACAUUUUAUCAAAUACUUUCAUACUGGCAGAUAUGUGUAUAAGAAGCAAGAGAAAAUGGACCAUACUAGCUUAGAAAAUUUGAUAGUUCUGUGUACAGCUUUUAUCAGAGGCAGUUGUUAUUUAAUGGAUUGCCUCAUCUGUUUUUAUAUCAGACGCCCUUCUUAUGCGGCUGGCUUUCUAGGAGUUUAAAAUGCAAAGAAACCAAAAAGGGAAAAAAAACCUGCCAAAACAGAAAGUUACAAAGACUGUUAUACAGUUGAGUUUUCAUUGCCUUUGUAAGAAAAAUCAUACAUAUUAACCGUUUUAACUUGUUGUGCCUUGAUGCAUAGCUACUAAUGUGAGUUCUUAAUUUUCCUCAACUAUGAGCUUAUAACUAUUCCAACAUUAGAUAUUUAGGGAAUACUAUUGUAUUUUUGCUCUUGAUUUAUCGGGCUAUUACUUUGCACAAUGAAAAUUUUACCAAACUUACUUGAAAAGAAAUUGUAAAGGAAAAAAAAUCAGAAUUGACAAGGGUUCCCAUUUUAAGUGUUAUAUUUACUAAAACUUUCAAUAUAUGCCUACCUUUUAUCGUAAUUGUUUUUGUAAAGCACUUAUUUUAUACCUGAUUUCACUGAAGGCUUUUUAAAGCAAUUUAAUGUGAUUGUGAGAGUAGAACCUCUGUUUCAGUGGAUUGAGUAAGAAGUGAGAAUCCUGAAAAUCAUAAAGGUAUUUUUUUAAGAAUGGGAUACACUAUUAAUUUUAAAAUUAAAUGUAAAUUUUUAUUAGUGUUUUUAAAUCAGUACCUUGAAUUUAGGCUCAUUGUCUUUGCUUCUGAUGCUUGUUUAAAUUGCAUCAAAUGCAGAGAACUAAAAUGCACUUGUUUUUUAAGUGUUUAUUUCUUUCCUUCCCUUAUAAUAAAAUCCUAGGCAAACAGAGGUUCCACUUUCUAGUUAUUUCUUUUGUCAGUUGUAAUGAAAAGUCAAACAUUUCUUUUCUCAUUCCUUUGUAACACUUUUGUGCUAUUUUAUUUGUUUUAAAAUUGUGAUAAAUUUUGUUGUAAGGAACCCUGUCUUCUAAUCUUUAUAAACCAACUCUGGUGCAAGCAGGUUUAAAUAGUGUGGAAGAUGCCGGAAGUGCUUAAAAUCAUAUCAUAUAAAUAUAUAUGUAUACUUGCAUGAAUUAUAUCUAGAUUUCUGAGGCUGACUGCCUUUUCAAUGUGUGAGCACACAACACAAGCUGUGCCUUCUUAACAGGUGCUACUUUUAUGAGCACUGUUUUGCUUGUGACAAAAUUGAAUCCUUUUAUAAUGUGUAUUGAAAAAUAAAACAAUGUCUUACAUUAAACAAUAAAGAUUGGUGACGUGUUUUCUGCACUAUGAAACUGGUUUGUUUUGUCUGCUUUGAUUUUUCUUUCUUAAAAUCUUUCUUUGUCUAAAUUAUCUUCUUAUUCUGAUUUUUUAUUUUAUAAAAUAUGUGAUUACAUUUCUUGUCAUUUUUCUUUAAAAUCAUUUCUAAUACUUUUAUUACUCUUAAUAUGAUAAUUUUCUGUUCUUGCAUGACUAAUUAUUUUAUUUUCCCUCAUUGUGGCAGAUAUUUUUGUCUUGUAAAUAAUUCUUAUGCAUUAUUAAAAAUUUUGUAAUGAAUUUCAAAAUAUACAAAUAAAGCUGGAACAGUAUUUCCAUUGAAUAUUUUAAAAGAUAAAUGAGGUUAAAAGAUUUCUGAAUUAUCUUUAAAAAAAAUAUUUGUUUGAAUAUCAUGGUUUGUGAAGACGAACUUUAGGUUUUAAUCUAGAACUUGCACUUGAGUGUACCUGUAUGUUAGCCUUUUUAAUGUGCUUUUCUAUCUAUUGUUAUUUUGCAUUGCCACUAGUAUCUUUCCUUUGCUUAUGUAGUGUGUAGAAAUUCUUUCAUAUUGCAUAAUGUUUCGAAUUUGAAUGGGUAAGCGUGAUGAGCUUUUUUCUGUAUCAGUGUUACCUUGUAUCACACCCUUUAAUGAUGUCAAAGUACAUACAUACCUAAUUGUUUGAUUUUUAUGAAUUGAAAGUUAUGUGCAUGAGAGCUAUAGCAUCUUGUCUAUUCAGAACUUCUUUGAUAUCUUCUGCUUUAUGUCUUCCUAUCAUAUUUUUUCCUUUUCUACUUAUUUUGACAAAUCUUUAGGCUUUUCUCUGUAAUUUUUGUUGUGAAAUUAAACUUUGUAUCUAUU